AGGCUCCUCCACCGGUGUCAUGGCCCUUCGAUUCCUCCUGGGCUUCCUGCUUGCCGGUGUUGACCUUGGUGUCUACCUGAUGCCGAAUGAUCACCGCUCCCUGCAUCCUCUUCCUGUUUUAUGGCUGGCCUGGUCUGUUUCUGGAGUCUGCACGAUGGUUGAUAGUGAAGCGACAGAUUGAGGAGGCCCAAUCGGUGCUGAGGAUCCUGGCUGAGCGGAACCGGCCCCAUGGGCAGAUGCUGGGAGAGGAAGCCCAGGAGGCCCUGCAGGACCUGGAGAACACCUGCCCUCUCCCUGCAACAUCCUCCUUUUCCCUGGCAUCCCUCCUCAACUACCGCAACAUCUGGAAAAAUCUGCUUAUCCUGGGCUUCACCAACUUUAUUGCCCACGCCAUUCGCCACUGCUACCAGCCCGUGGGAGGAGGAGGGAGCCCAUCGGACUUCUACCUGUGCUCCCUGCUAGCCAGUGGCACAGCGGCCCUGGCCUGCGUCUUCCUGGGCGUCACCGUGGACCGAUUUGGCCGCCGGGGCAUCCUGCUUCUCUUGAUGACUCUCACGGGCAUUGCGUCCCUGGUCCUGCUGGGCCUGUGGGAUUAUCUGAACGAGGCCGCCAUCACCACCUUCUCUGUCCUUGGCCUCUUCUCCUCCCAAGCCGCUGGAAUCCUCAGUACCCUCCUUGCUUCUGAAGUCAUCCCCACCACUGUCCGGGGCCGAGGCCUGGGCCUGAUCAUGGCACUGGGGGCACUUGGAGGGCUGAGUGACCCAGCCCAGCGCCUCCACAUGGGCCACGGAGCCUUCCUGCAGCAUGUAGUGCUGGCGGCCUGUGCCCUUCUCUGCAUCCUCAGCAUCAUGCUUCUGCCGGAAACCAAGCGCAAGCUCCUGCCUGAGGUGCUCCGGGACGGGGAGCUGUGCCGCCGGCCUUCUCUGCUGCGGCAGCCACCCCCUAACCGCUGCGACCAUGUCCCGCUGCUUGCCACCCCCAACCCUGCCCUCUGAGUGGCCUCUGAGCACCCUGGCAGGAGGCUGGCCCGUACGGAAAGGUGACAUAAGGCCCUGCCUGGUAAGAAGAUUGGGAGGCUCAGAGGCACCUCAGGCCAGCCAUCGAGUAGAGCUCAGAGGGCUGCCCCUACCCCCAUCUCCUCCCUGCUGCUUUGUGUUCACUUCCUUGGCAAGAGUCAGGGGACAGGGAGAGAGCUCCACACCGUAACCACCUGGUCUGGGCUUCAUCCUGUGCCCAAAGACAUCCUCCCAGACCUCAUUCUUUCUUGCUCUAUCGUUCUGUUUCAAUAAAGACACUUUGAUUAAAUGAGCAUA